AUGGCUGAACCCAACUCGUACGAGGAGCAGCGCAGGAGGCAGGUGGAGGAGACAAGCGGAAGCUGGAGGAGCUGCGCCUGCACCGCCUCUCCGUCGCCGUCCGCGAGGCCGCCGUCAAGCCGAAGCCGGUCAGUUCAAGCCCAUGCCUCCUUCCUGGCAAAAGACCAAGCUGCCGAGGCGGUGUCGCGACGCCCCGACUCGGCGGUCCGGCAGGGUCGCCGGUCUGCCCGAGCAACCCGAUUACCGCGACAGGAAAAUCAGGUACACCCAUGCCUCACCCAAACUGUUCUUUCCAUCGAUUUUUUAUGCAUAGGAAUAGGAAGCACUACUUACUACUCCAUUACUUGGUUGUCUUUCAGGGGAGGGGCAUAUGUCCAAAGAAGGCAAUUGCCACCCGAUGAUGUGUACGCCACCGACGAAGCGAGCGCCUACGCCCUCACCAAGGCUGAAGAGCUCAAGAGCCAGCUGUGCUCCGACCACCCUUCCUUCGUGAAGCCCAUUUGCUAUAAAACUGCCACAGCUAGCUGCCUGCGCAUACCUCAGCUAUUCAAAGGGUGGUAUCUCCCGUGGUGUAAUGAGAUGAUUUAUCUGGUGGAUGAACAAGAUGUUGAGUUUCAUUUGCCUUACCAUGCGCUAAGUGGUUCCAUCGGCACUGGGUGGAAAAUGUUUGCCAUCGGCCACAACCUAGCUGACGGUGAUUGCUUGGUGUUCCAGCAAGUUCAGAAAACAAAGUUCAAGGUGAGACUCUUGAAGUUAUUCUAG